AUGAUUUUAAAAAAAGUGAGGUCAUUCAAAAAAUCUUUUAAAUCUCCACAUUUAUUUAAAAAUAUUGGGUAUAUUUGUCAGAUGUAUUUAUCAAAUUAAUUAUAAUUAAUUUAUGAUGAAUUCGGAAAGCAAUUGAAACUGUUGGAGAAGGAUUUGUUUAUUUUAUUAUAAUUACCAAUAAAUAUUAUAAAUAUGUAAUAGGAAAUAAGUCAUAAAGAAAAACAAUUUUAAGAAAACUUAUACAUCAUACUCAUAAAAAUUAAAUAGAUUCUAUUUUAAUAUAUUGAUAAUUUUGAAAAUUUAUCUACUUAAAUUUAUAAUGUUAUAAAUGAAUGGUAAAACAAUAUAACAAAUUCUCUAAUUGAGAUUAAAAAUGAUAACCUUUAGAUUAAAGAAUUUUUAAAUAAUUUAACAAAAGAAAAUAUAAAAUUUAAUAAUAAUUCUUAAUAUUUUUAAUAUGAUUUUUUGUUGUCCAAAGCAGACAUCAUAGUUUAUAACUAUUUUUAAAACUAUAACGAUAAACAAAAACUAAUUUCAGACCUUAACUAAUUUGAUUUAUUAAUAAUUAGCUGGCUAGAUUGCUUUAAAGAUAAUAUUGUUUCAAGCAUAGCAUAUUUAUUCAAAUUGGAUUUACUGCCUUAAGAGUAAGAAUAAAAAAAAAAUUAAACAAGUGUUUUUAUUUUGGGACCUACAAGGGUAGGUAAAAGUACAUUACUAAACAUAAUUAAUAAUUCAUUAAAUAUGAAGAUUCAUGAAACAUAGCAUAAAAGCCUCGUUUUUGAUGUUAAAGAGGUUUCUGAAAAAUUUGAGAUCUCUCAUGGACUUAAUAGUUUAACAGAUUGUUUACAGUAUUUCCAAUUAAAAAAUACAAAUUUACUAUUUUUUGAUUCACCAGGUUUUGUAGAUACUUAAUAUGAGAAAAGAAUAAUUAAUUAAAUAAAAAUAUUUUUAAAACUCAUAAUAUAAAAUUAAGUAAUCUUAAUGAUAUUAAUUGAUGGACUCGAGCUUUGUGUUAGUAAAAAAAAUUUUUCAGAAACUAUAAAACUUUUAAAUAUAUUUUUUGGUGAUGAUUCAUUUGAUAAGCAAAAUUACUUAUCAAUCAUUAUUCCAGUGUUUACAAAAUUAGAAGAAAAUACAAUGGAUGUCAUUAAAAAAAAAUGGGAUUCAGAAAUUAUGAAAAACAUUCAAAAUAAUGCUGAAGAAAAUAUGCUGAAGAUCAUAAAGAAUCAAAUUGAUAAAAAUCGGCACAUAAAAAUUUAUCAAGCUAGUCAUUAUUAAAAUAAUAACCUAUAAGACUUGAAAAGUAAAAAGAAAGAGAAAGAAACGGAAAUGAUGGAAUUAAUUAAAUUACAAUAAUUUGAAUAAUUUCAAGAAUUUGGUAUUAAUAUUAAAAAUCUGUAAAAUUAAAUUGAUUAUCUUGAAAACAAUAGAAAUGAAAUAAUAUAUAAAGUUAAAUUCGAGGAGAUAUAACAAUUAAGAAACAGAAUUAUUGACAUUUGUUAAGAACUAAAAGAUGAACAGAUAGAAAAAUAAAUCUAAAUUAAAUUUUCAUUAAAACUAACAGCAGAUUUAUAAAACCAUUUAGAUUAAGUCUUAAUUCUUUGGAAAAACAUUUUUCAAUUCAUCCUCAAAAAUAUUGAAAAUAGUUUAUUAAAUAUGACUUAAACUCAUUUUAAUUUUAGAACUUUUUUAACAAGCCUUGACGUAUUAGAGAGAAAUCUAUAAUAUUUUUAAAAGGAGAAUAGGGAUUAAAGGCUUUAUCGAUAUUAUUAUUUUUUUUUUAAAUUCUGUAUCUAUACAAAUAACAAUUUAAUCAUUCAAGAUUGCUUUAGGCUUCUUUAUUUGGUCGAUAUAUUUGACUAAUUAUCCGGUAAAAAAUAAUAUUGUUAUGAUAUUGAUUCAUUGUUAAACCAUAUAUAUUAACAAGUUAUUUACUUAAAAAAGGGCUUUAAUAAAUAAUUAUUUAAUUUUGAUCAAAUCGAUAUGGCAAAAAAUCAAUAAAUAUUUAAAGAAUUUUAAAAUAAUUAUUCAUCAAAAAAAUGA